AUGGCGUCUUCAUCGGACAAAAUCAAAUCUCUACAAGAUCAAUGUGAACAAUUAACGAAAAUAACUGAGAAAUUAAAUGAAACAAUAAUAAAUGCAGUAACAGAUGCAUCAAAUGAAUUAAAAGGAAUUUUAAAUCAAAUCAAAGAAACAAAUGAAGAAAUGAUGUGUACAGUAACAAAUGACACAAAUGAAGAAAUGAUGUGUACAGUAACAAAUGACACAAAUGAAUGGAAACAAUUAAAAAUCAAUCUUGAUACAAUAACUGUACAAGGAAAAGUUUCAUUUGAUGUUGGUGGAAGAAUAUUUUCAACAACUGUUCAAACAUUGACAAAAGAAAAAGACACGUUUUUCACCGCUCUCAUCUCCAAACAAUGUCAAAUCGAAAAAGAUGAUCAAGGAAGAUAUUUUAUCGAUCGAGAUGGAGAUCUUUUUGCAGAAAUUUUAAAUUUCAUGAGAGAUUCAACAACGUACAAAUUAAUUGAUGAGAAAUUUCGAGAACGUUUAAUUAUUGAAGCAGAAUUUUAUCGAUUGAACAAUUUAGUUUCGUUAUUAAGAAGUUAUUUUCGGUCAACUAAUCUUUUGGAUAUUGAACAACAAAUCAAGUUAAAUGAAUUUUAUGGAAAAAAAGAUCAAAGUUGGAUUUUAAUUUAUAAAGCAACAAGAGAUGGUUUUGAAAGUGCAAAAUUUCAUAGUUUAUGUGAUAAUCAAGGUCCAACAAUGACAAUUAUUCAAUCGACAACUGGUCAUUUAUUCGGUGGUUAUGCUUCACAAUCUUGGAUAUCAAAUUCAACAUAUUCAAAUGCAGGAAAUUCAUUUCUGUUUGUUCUUAAAAAUGCGAACAAUAGUCCACCAACGAAAUUUAUCUAUAAUAAUAAUGGAAAUGGCUGUUAUAAUCAUCCAGGUUAUGGGCCAACGUUUGGGGGUGGUCAUGAUUUACAUAUCGCUACUUUAAGUAAUACCAAUACUAAUUCAUAUGCGAACUUAGGAAGUAGUUAUCCUAAUUCAUUGAAUCUUGGUCCGAAUACAUUCACUGGGUCGAGAAACUUUACUGUAGCAGAUAUUGAAGUGUUCAAAUUAAUGUGA